AAAAAUCAAUCGAAGAAAAGAAAAGAGCAAAGAAAGUCUCGUGUUGAGUUGGAUUUUUCAAGGACUUCAUUUCCGGAGUUUUGUGGGGAAUCAACAAAAUUUACCUUGGCGAAGCGAUUUGUUCAUGUUUAUAACAAGCCAAGAAGGGGAAUUCGAUUUAUAUGAAUUCUGAUUUCUGGGUCUGCGAAAUUCAUCGGUUUCUGGGUCGUAAAUUGAAGCUAUGAGCGGCCUGAGAGCUAUCUGUAGACCGCACAUGGUAUUCUCUUCGAUCGUGUGUUGUAGUAGAAACCAAACUCGAUCAAUCGUUAGGGUUUCGAUUCAAAACGUCGGCUAUAGAACUCGCGUGUCGAAUCCAUUUCCGUUUAGGUCUAAAGAUACGAAUCCUUGGUUUCGUGUUAGUCAGAGGAAGACUCUUGUCAGGGCAGCAUCGAAUUGGAGCGAAGAGAAGUCUCCGUACGAUACUCUCGAGCUGGAUCGAGAUGCAGAGGAAGAGCAGAUUAAGCUGGCAUAUAGACGAUUAGCCAAGUUCUAUCAUCCUGAUGUUUAUGAUGGAAAAGGGACUCUUGAAGAAGGAGAGACAGCAGAAGGUAGAUUCAUCAAGAUUCAGGCUGCAUAUGAGCUGCUCAUGGACACGGAGAAGAGAAGACAAUAUGAUAUGGAUAACCGAGUGAACCCAAUGAAGGCGUCACAAGCUUGGAUGGAAUGGUUGAUGAAAAAGCGUAAAGCAUUCGAUCAGAGAGGCGACAUGGCGAUUGCAGCUUGGGCUGAGCAACAACAGCUUGAGAUAAACCUGCGUGCUCGUCGUCUUUCUCGUUCUAAGGUGGAUCCUGAAGAAGAGAGAAAGAUACUGGAGAAGGAGAAGAAAGCAUCGAGAGAGUUAUAUAACAGCACUUUAAAGCGACACACGCUGGUAUUGAAGAAAAGAGAUCUGAUGCGAAAGAAAGCAGAGGAGGAUAAGAAAAAGCUCAUCACUCAGUUAUUAGCAGCAGAAGGUCUCGAGCUCGAUACCGAAGAAGAAGAGGAAGAAGCAGCCAAGUAAGAUCCCCAAACUUUUUGGAAGCUUCAUCUUCGAUGUCUAGUUCAAGUAAUUAAGCACUUUGGUACUUGCUCUCUCUCUGUUUAACUUGCUCUCUCUCUUGUGGUAGUAACAUAUCAUAUUUGAUAAGUACCAGAACUUCAUUUCACGAUUAAGUUUCUUGAUUAAGAAAUGAAACAUGAGUCAGUCAAUAUACAAUUGCAAUGACUAAAGCAAAUCAUGACACAGAUCA